UACCCAAAUUACAUAAACUGUACAUGUCAGUAUUAACAUUAUAGAACGGUACAUAAACAUCACAUCGACAUAAGAAACUUGCUCAAUGACACUUCUUAUAGAAUGUUGACACUUUCGUGAACUAUGCCUGUCUCAAUGUUCAAGGGCAUCACAAAUUUCGUAGAACAUGAAAAUUUUAUUUUGAUAUCCUUCGUAAACGCAGGUGGAUCAUGGGACGUGAAUCUCCCCACUACUUGACUUGGGUUAGCCGAAGCUCGCCGAAGCUUUAGUAAGAGCAUUCCAAGUCAAGUAGUGGAAAGAUUCGCGUCCCGCAAUCUACUCGCACAGUACUGUCGCACUGAGCCACAACGGCAAAUUUUUUUGCUUCUCAGUAAAUAUUAGUAAAUGAGUGAAUUCCAGUGCGGACUGUGAAUAUUUACUACAUUAAAAAUAGUGGUUUUUAAUAUAAAAGAAAACAUUAUAGAGGGAGAUUAAUCCAACUGAACAAUAUGACAUCACUUGAUGACAAUAGUUCUUCAAAUCUGAACGACGACGAUGAAAAUUCUAGAAUCUCCAUUGUUUCGAAUAAUUCUGAAACGGAGAUGACUUCUACAAGCUUCGAAAAUAGAAUAAACACUCCAUCUGAAACAUCCAUUGAGAGAGUAAGUUUGGAAGAAGAAUGCAAUAAACGGUCAUAUUUAGAUGGUAGAUGGUUUGUUCCUGAUCUAUCAAAACCUUCCUCUACUGGGAAAGUUUACGGUAUAUGCCAGAUGUGUAAAAUAGAAUUCAACAAGCAUUCUGUUAUAUGUGGAAGUUUAAACUCUUCAUCCAAUUUUAAAACUCAUUUAAAGAGAGUACAUAGUCAAAAAUUGACGGAGUUUGAGAAUUACUGCUUCGUUAAAAGACAACGCCUUCACAGUUCUCAAGACAAUAAAAAUCGAAGAACCUACUGUGAUUUUUCUCAAAAAGAAUUUGAAGACAAUGUUACAAACUUUAUUUUAGAGAGUUUUGUGCCAUAUAAUACAGUAGAGUUACCCUCAUUUCGGAAAAUUUUUGAUGAUAUGAAUAUUCGUAAAGAUAACAAACAACUGCACCAUUUGUCUACUCGUACAUUACUACGUAGAAUUGAGGAGUCAUAUAAGGACAAAAUGAAUAAUAUAAAGAACGAGAUUUCGAACGUCAAAUAUGUGUGUACAACAGCAGAUAUCUGGAGUAGCCACAGUCGUCGAUUCAUUGGUGUGACUGUUCAUUGGAUUGAUGAACAGUCUUUCAAAAGAUAUUCAUAUGCCAUUGCCUGCAAACGAUUCCCCGGAAGCCAUACACAUGAUCGAAUCGCCAAUAUUUUGAAUGAAAUUCAUUCAAAAUAUGAAAUAAUUGGUGAGAAGUUGGUAGGCACUGUUACGGAUAAUGGUUCCAAUUUUGUCAAAGCUUUCAAAAAAUUCGGAGUUCAUUUAGAUGAUUCUUUGUUUCAUGACGGUGAGUUGAUGUUUAAGCAUUUUUUUUAUCAAUACACUUAAAUCUAAGCAAUAAAGACAUUAAUAGAUAGAUGAGUAAAUGGAUUGACUCUUAAAUAGAUAAAUGAAUAGGUGAGAAAAAAUUGGUUUAAAAUAUUUCUAUCUAAAUUGGUAUUUAUUACCCCCUACUAUUAUGCUGUUAAAUGAAAAUUCUAAAAAAAAUUUUGGAACAAUAAAUAGGGGCAAAGUUUCCCUAAGUUUUAGCUAAUUGUAGGAAAGAAUCAUGAAUAUAUUGAUAUUUCUAUUUUUUCUGAAAACUCAUAAGGCCUAUUCGUUUUAACUGAACUUCUUGCAAC